ACAACUAGCUUGCAGCUUCUGUAACACAUUGUUAGCUGAGAGUGGCAUUUAAUUAGUCUGCUAAUAAUGGGUCCGAUACUCAAAACAAACUUCCUCAUUGCCAUGUUAAGGAUUCUGGGGUGUUGGGCAUUGCUAACAACCUCCCGCACAUUGCCUGAAGCUGACAUUACUGAGAGACACCAGUACUGGAUGGCUCAGUACGGCCGCAUUUAUCCAGACAGUGAAGAGAAGGAGCUACGGUUGAAGAUUUUCAAGGAGAACUUGGAGUUCAUUGAGAAAUUCAACAGUGAAGGAAAUCGUACCUUCAAGCUCAGUCUCAAUAAGUUUUCGGACUUAACCAAUGAGGAAUUCAAGGCCUUAUACACCGGAUACAAAAUCCCCCCCAACUCAGACUCAUCUAAAACUGUAUUUAGGCAUGAAAGCAUCCUGGCCAUUCCAUCGAGCAUGGACUGGACUAAGGCAGGAGCUGUUAACAGCAUUAAGGAACAGGGUCAAUGUGGAUGCGACUGGGCAUUUUCAGCCGUGGCAGCUGUAGAAGGGAUCACAAAGAUAAAGAGUGGUCAACUGCCUUCUUUGUCCGAGCAACAGCUGGUUGACUGUGUUGAAGACAACCACGGCUGCCAAUGUGGUUGGAUGACUACUGCUUUUGCGUACAUCAGGGAUAACCAAGGAAUAGCUAGUGAGGAGAGUUAUCCUUAUGAGGCAAUGGAUGGAACCUGUCAAGCGGAGACUGCCACAGCAGCUGUCAGUAUCAGUGGUUUCGAAGAAGUACCUCCCAAUGAUGAAGAGGCAUUAUUAAAGGCUGUAAGCCAGCAGCCUGUCUCUACUGCCCUAGAAGCCAGCGGGUAUUAUUUCAAGAACUAUGCGAGUGGUGUUUUCACUGGGGGAUGUGGCAAUAACAUAGACCAUGCUGUUACACUUGUCGGGUAUGGGACUACCGAAGAUGGUACCAAGUACUGGUUGAUCAGGAAUUCAUGGGGAGAAAGUUGGGGAGAGAAUGGCUACAUGAGGAUUCAGAGGGAUGCUGGAGUCUCAGGAGGUCUCUGUGGCCUUGCGAUGAAACCUUCCUAUCCGAUUGCUGGUGAACGCUAUGAACGCUAUGGUCUAGUGUGUUCCAUUUACAUUUCUAAGGAUACCUGGCAAUGAAAAUGCCAAGGAACUUAACCAUCCUAUGGUAUACCGCUUUCCUUUUGUAUGUAAGCAUACUUGACUAAAAAAAUGCCAGUGUGCAUGUUAUCCAGCUUGUAAUGUUCAAUCUAAAAUCGGAUAAGCUUAUUAAUAGAUUAGAUUUAGUAAA